AAUCUCCAACCAUGAUGACUGCACGAUAAUGCAUUAUUCUCUAUCAGCAAACCUGCCAGUUUGGCUUGGCCGCGUUUGGGAAACACCUUUUAAUCAACGGAGAUUACUUGGAAUGAAAGGUUUCGGGGCCCUCCUUAGGCAAACGUAAUCUGGCCCUCUGUAGAAAGCAAACAGAGCCUGGGAUAUAAGAUCGAGGGCCAGGAUCCACUCUCAUCCUGGAUCGCGGGCCCCUCUGGACAGAGCAGGAAGGUCACGGCCGCUAUGGAGCCCAAGGUGAUCUGCGUGGUGGUGCUGGCCUUAUCGCUGGCUCUCAGCAGCCUGGCGCAGGACGAGACCGAGACGUGUCAGGUGGAACCCCACCAAAGACAGAAUUGCGGUCACCCCGGCAUCACGGCUAAGGAGUGCAAAGAUAAACGCUGUUGCUUUGACAGCACAGUCCGUGGAGUCCCGUGGUGCUUCCAUGCGCGCAUGGAGGGGGAAGAGUGCGAGUUUUAGAUACUUUUCCAGUGGAAGUGGCAUUGGAGUGAGAAGGACGUCUGCCUGGUGCCAGGGGCUCAGCUCCAUCGCUGGCUGGAUAUCUUGGGGUCCUAUGAACCUGAACUCCCUGCCUGGAUUGACUGCUCAGAUUCUUUGUAUUCCAAAUUAGCCUAAAAAUUAAAAGAGAUGAAUGUUC